UUCCCCCUGAAAUGAAAUUAUGGAAGCCAGAACGCCACCAAGUGUGUUACAGAACCACUCCCACCAAGCUCAAGAAAGAAGAGUUUCAUCUUCAACACCAAACCAGGUUCAAGAACCGAGCCAUCCGAUCGAGCCUGCCAUGGGAUGGAGAAUUUUCAGGUGGCUUUCUAGCAUAGUUUUCAAGAUUCAUAUAUGUCUGGUAGCCGUGUUAGUGAUCGUUUUGACAGUUCUCGGACUUCGGUCGGCUUCUAAAACGCAUCAUUUUCACCCCAAAGAAUGGUACCCUCCAUUGUUGGCUUCUAUUGGGAGCUCUGGAAUCAUUGCCUUUUCAUGGCAGGCCUUCACUGGCUGUUCACCUUCUAUGGCCUUCAAGACAGCCUUCUGGUUUAGCCCUGUGCUAUCACUUGCUUCUGGUGUUUUCUUUGUCAUUGUCGGAUCUCGAGGCGGUUUAGCAGCAGGAGUUAUCCUCAUAGUUUCUUCCUUGAUUGUGUCUGUAUAUGUCUGUUGGAUCAAUCACCGGUUGAAUUAUGCAAUUCAACUUCUAUCACUUUCUACUAAGUACCCUCCUACGAACACUCCAAUCUUUGUCUUUGGAUCAAUCCUCAUUGGCGUUCUAUACGCAGCUUUCGUGGUCAUCGGCAUCGGUGGAGCAACUUCUAUUACGUCGAGUUUUAAGGCGUUGUUCAUAGCAGCAAUACUGUUGAGCCUAACAUGGACUCUGCAGGUUAUCAAGAACGUAGUGCACGUUACAAUCUCGCGCAUAAAGUACUUUAAUUUAGCUUGGGGUCGGGAAAAGGACAUACGAGCAGCUUUCUACGACAUAAUAAAGCAUUCAGCUGGAACUAUUUCUCUUGGCUCAGCCAUCAUCCCUUUUAUCAGCUUCAUUCACGGAUCGGCCCGUGCCAUGAGGUUGGUGGCAGGAGACUCGGAUGAGUUCCUUUUCUCUUGUGCACCCUGCUACUCAGAAUUAGCUUCAAUGCUGAGAAACCAUGGAAACAGGUGGGGUUUUGUCCAUGUUGGAGUUUACAAUAAAGGGAUUGUGCAAGCUUCAUAUGAUACCUGGGAGGCAUUCGAGAAGGUGGAUUUGGAAAUCGUUAUAGACUCCGAUCUCACCGUGUCGUUCUGCGUUCUUUGCGGGGUUUCGGGUGGUGCAAUCUGUAGCAUUAUAAGUGGGAUCUGGGCACUUGUAAUACAUAAGAGCUACGCAACAGAAUUAGCAAUCUACGCCUUCCUGAUUGGCUAUUUUGUGUGUCGAAUCGGAAUGGCAUGGCCACAAGCAUGUGUGUCUGCCUACUACGUAGCUUAUGCAGACAAUCCCCUGCAUCCUCGGUUCGACUCCACUGUGCCAGACCGGAUUCGAGAACUUCGGCGGAGGUUGCAAGUUUAAUCAACCCUGAAACAUGAAAACAAGUGAAGAAGCAGAUUUAGACCAUUCCUGAAGCUCCAGUAAGAGACUGGCCUAAGAAAAAAAUGCCUUCCCCCACUGAAACAGCAAUGCCAGCUUUAAGCUUCUUCCUUUUUCCCUGCAAAUCUUGUUCUUAGAGAGAAAUUCAUGGUAGAUUCUUUAUUCAAACACAUAA